AUAUAUAUAUAUAUAUUUUAACCCAGAUGCUGAAUGGAAGUUUAAGGAGUUCUAAUGGAAGCCCUUCAUCAUUAACAGUUUGGAUUAUAGCUCAUUUCUUCUGCAGAUAGUUUACUGAGGUAGGAAAAAAAAAUAAAGAAGAAGUGGGACCUGUUCAUAUAGGCUAGGUUGAUAUUUCUGACAAAGUCCACCAUGUGCGGCCGGGCACCGCCGCUCCAGCCGAGGCCAUGACCGUCCCUCUGCGGCGCCUCGCCGGGCUCUGGCCGUGGCUGCUCAUGGCGGCCCUGCAGGUGGUGCUGGGCCAGCCGAGCAUGGAAUCGGGACUCCGAGCGGUCAUCAACGUGACUCUGGUGAAGGAUCCCACGGGGAAGCCAAUCGUUCUGAAAGGGGAGUUCGUGGGAGGAAGUGCAGGCAAUGCGCAAGGGAAGCUGAAGCAGUAUCACCCUGUGUCUCUAUGCAACACAAGCGAGGAUGAACGACAAGACAGCGGCUUCAUCACCAUCGUCAAGCUGGAGCAAUUAGGUCCCCACUGCUCGCCGCUGCUGGAUAAGGCUCGCAUAGCGUUGGAAAGGGGAGCCCAAGCUGUUAUCUUCGACGUCAGCGACGUUGCCAUCGCAGAUGCCGAGCUGAAGAACACAGACUCCCUCCCCCAUCCAGUGGUGCUGAUUAAGGGAGCGGACGCUAAGAAGCUGAUGAAUCUGGUCAACCACAAUGAGGAGGCCACAGUUGUUAUUGAGGCCAAGGUGGAGCCCAAAUGGCCGCAUUAUGAUGUGAGCAUCCUGCUUACCAUCGUCCUGGUUAUCCUCACCAUCGUGCUGAUCUUUGCUUUCCGCUACAAGUGCAAGUCCAACAGAACUUGGGACUCCGUCCAUCAGCAGACAGUGCGGGCCAUCAGUCGGCUGGAGACCAGAAUCUACCGCUCCCAGACCUGCUCCGGCUCACAGCGCCACCGUGGGGCGUGGGGCUCGGCCACCAGCUCUAACUCGAGCCCCGUAUGCGCCAUUUGCCUGGAGGAGUUUCAGGACGGCCAGAAUGUGAGGAUCAUCUCUUGUGCUCAUGAGUUCCACAGAGACUGUGUGGAUCCCUGGCUGAUGCAGCACCGCACCUGUCCUCUCUGCAUGCACAACAUCAUGGGAACGGAGCGUCAGCCUCAGAGAAACAGAAACCAGCAGAGUUCAGAGCAGAGCCAGAGCUUCUUGCACCCGCAGCAGUACAGCAACCCUCACAGCCACCCGUUCCCCCAGCACGCCAUCCCCUUCUCCAUGAGGCCCCACUACCCCCGUGGUCCCUCUGGACCCUACCCCAACCUGGGCCACUACAGCGGCUCGUCUCCUAUGGACGCUCAGACCCUCCACUUCCUCAGCAGUCGGCAGCUGGGUGCCGGCUGCGGGUUCCACCUCCCAAUGGACGUUCCGGGGCGACCCCACAGGCUCGGAACCGGCUGUCGGACCUCUGCCCAUCACUAUGCAUCCCGCCGCUCCUGCCACACUUACCGCUCCUCCUGUCAGGCCCAGCGGAACGCAUCCGGCUCCAGGCUGCAGCAUGGUGCCUCGGCAGCGGCGCAGAGUCGUGGCAUGGCGGGCAACGGCCGGCAGGACGAUGGGAGUUGCUCUGGAGGCAGCUACCACACGGAGCGCAGCGGGUACCUGGCGGACGGGCCGGCCAGUGACUCCAGCUCGGGGCCUUGGCACGGUUCCUCCAGUGACUCUGUCCUGAACUGCACGGACGUGUCCCUGCAAGGUGUUUAUGGCAGCUGGUCCACCUUCCGCAGCUCUCUGAGCAGUGACUACGAUCCGUUCGGGUAUUUCGGGACGGGGCCGGCGGCCGGAGUGGGGAGUGGGCACGUCCCACGCAGGAACAGUCUGGAGGCCACGGCCCAGAACCGGCCUAAGUCUCUGGAUUCUGUUGUGAACAAAGCAGGCUGCCUGGAGGAGCAGCCGCAGACUGUUUUCAGCCACAUCCACUACCACCGCCACAGACAUCACCACUAUGAGGAGGGGGAGCACGGCCAGCGGCCGAGCAGGUGCUCAGAUGAGGAGCAAGGGGCCGCCGCCUCUGCUCCGGGUCAGGACAAAGACUCCCCGCCGUGCCCUCCAAAACACAGCCCCUGCCACUGCCCCAAGCCAGAGCCCACCGACCGACCCAGCCCGGGGACGGAGCGGCAGGACCUCGACCAAACGGGACCGCCAGUCAUUGUUCCCCCGAUCCCCCUGCAGCUGCAGCCCCACUGUUGCCACCAGGGCCACGGACACCCCCCCGCUCCUGUAGUGGGGGGCUGUCUACUUGACGGACCCUCCGUUCACUUUCACCAGAGCCUGGACCUGCAGGACGACCGCAGCAUCCACAUCCACUACGGCCAGAGCCCGGCCUACUGCUGCACGCCGCCCGAACUGCACCCGGCCCUGCUCCCCGUGCCCCUCAUCUUGGACUCGGCGGGGAUAGAGGAGUGGCCGUGCUGUGGGGGGGCCCACGUUGUCUGGCAGAGACAGGUGCAGCAGGCUCACUCAGAGCCUCAGCUUAUGGGGCCCGGGACCUCAAUGGACAGGCCCCCCUGCAGGUUCCACCAGGGGCCCUCUGCUGAGCGCAACACAGACAUUUGUUUAUAUUGCCAAUCGAUACACCAUAAUCAGGGAUCAGAAGAGGAGUCUGGGGUGUAAGAAACUAUCUCGUCCCUUUCGCUGCCCAGGAGCCAGAACGGAAAAAGUUCUUACAAAAUCCACCAGUAACGCCUUCACUCAAGCAAAAAUCCCAGCUGCCUUAGGAGGACUCUCAUCCCCAAAUAGUGAAAUUAUCUUCAUUUUGUAAUAAAAAAACAAAAAAAAAACUAGAAUAUUUGAUAUAAUAUAUACUGCUCAAAAAAAUAAAGGGAACACUUUAAGUGUUAAACACCUGUUUAAGUGUUCCCUUUAUUUUUUUUAGCAGUGUAUAUACUUUAUGAUUUGAAUGUGUGAAGAUAGGAUAGGGUGUUGCAGGGGAAACAACUCUCCUGGUCAGACGCAGGAGGAUUGUUCACAUGGUCGCAGUUUCCCAAGCUCCUCGGCAACCGCCACCCAACGAAUGGUCCUGCUUUGGGCGUCGAGCCCACAUGAAGUGCAUCACUUGCUCUUUUUUCUUCUUUUUUUUAAUACAAAGCAACUUGAUCGCUCGUAGAGGUACUUCCCUUUCUCUGCCUUCCUUCGCUGAGUCCGCUCUCAGCUGAGAAAUGCUUUUCUCUCCAGCCUACCUCAGCUCAGAUUUUCUUAACACGCCUCACACAAAGAGAGAGGGUGGGGGGACAGAGGAGAGGUCUUUACAGGUACUGCUGUAGUGUUUUGUUUUAUAUUCCUAUGUAGCUUCCACAAACUCAACAGGUAGUAGUUCCCUCUCUUGGCAGUCUGGAUUGUUCAAACGGAGAGAGAAAGUUUUUCGAUGCUCAGCCCCCCUGCAAACGACUAGCAUCCUCUGAGGUCGCUCAGCCUCGUUUUUAUUAUUUCAGUAAUGGCAGCUGUUUCUUUUUUUGUUUUUUUUUUGUCCUUCUCGUCUCUGUUCUUGAUGUUGUUUGCAAGGUUUUUAGUUCUUCAGAACCAGCCGGUUUGACUGAAUUAUGUGAUGGUCAUUACAAGCUAUUGUCAUGUUCUUUUUUUUUUUUUUUGUCAUUUCUCUUCGUCAGAAGGAUGGCGAUCACAUCUUCGGUUUUAUUUUUAUCUUUUUUAACUCACCUUGAUGUUAUGCUGUUUGCUGCAAAGGUUAUGCUUUCCCCUCGUCUUCCACAACCUCUGAAACAAAACAUAAUUGCCUUGUAGCGCAACUGGUGUAAAAUCAUGUAACAGUACCUUGGAAAAUGUUCACAUGGUCGAAUUUGUUCACUUUUAUCAUGCCGCAAACUCAAACUUCAGUGGAUUUUAUUGGGUGUUUUUUGUGUUAGAUCAACAAAAAAAAGCAGUAAAGGGUGGGGGGGCAUGUGCUUGGCCUUGUUCACUCUUAACUGCGUUUCCAUUGACCAUAUAAUGGCAAAAGUUGCUUAAUGGAAACACGUCAAUUUCGAAAAAACCUUUUGCUGCUAGGAUGAGGCGGGUUUUGGCCGUAUCGAAAUUGGUUUAUUUCGCAAAACUGCAAUGGAAACACCGUUAUCACAUCACACGUGUCACAUGAUCAAUAACCGGAUAACAAUUGUUGUGGAAAGAAACUAUUUUACCAAGCACUGUCAGGUGAAAUCACUCAAUCAGGUUUAUUCAUAUAUUGUGCACAAUACAGAGAGCUGGUAGGACAAUCAAUAAUGAAGCAGGUCUGGGUGAAACGCUCUGCCAGGCAGAGACAACACUUGAGUUUUACACCAAGGAUAAGGAAUUCAAAACAAGGGGCGAGACAGUCUGGUUCUGAUGCAGCUGUAGAAAACAACUGCCAAACUUGUACAGGGUUUGGUGAGAGUUCACAAGCAUUUAAUAUAACAUGAUCAGCAGAUGUUAACUUGUAGUAAUUUUCCACCACAUUUUCCCUCCUUUUGAUUAUGAGUUAAUGUGUAAUAUUUACUAUCUUUGUUUGUAAAAGUGAAAAGAAAUUCUUCCACUUCGCAAUAAUUCGCCACUUUGUGUUGGUCGAUCACGCAGAAUGCCACUGAAAUACACUGAAGUUUGCUGUAAUGUGGGGGGUGAAUACUUUUGCACGGUACUGUACUUUUAUCAGUUCAUCUGAUUCUGUGCUGUGGCACCACUUCUAUAAGAGCUUGAUAACAGUACAGAAGAAAACACUUGGCAUUUGGAAAGAAAAUCCACCUUGAACUUGGCAACACUUUCAAUUGAAGAAAUUUUAACUGUCAACAUGUUGUUGUUUUUUUCUUUAAGUGUAAAAACGCUAUAAACAAUUGUGAUUGAGAUAGUUGUUCCCACUUAUUCCGAUUUAUCCGUUGACAAGUGGAGGGGGGGAAAAAAAGUGCAUUGCUAAAAUACUAAACCAUACAGGAGAAAGUCAGUCUCGCUUCAACAUUUGAAUCUGGACUUCCUACUUAACUCCAGCAGAAAUAAGCUGAGAUCAAACCAAUAAUAAUCACAUCCUCUGAAAGGCUCAGUGAGCAUGUGAAGGGAUUUAUUUUUACUUUUAUUUAUUUUAUUUGUUUUGUAACUUUUGGGCAGACCAGCUGCGGCUGAAUAAGGGCUUGUGGAAACUGCAGCGCAACUAGUAGCACUUACGAAACCCUCACGUGUGCCUUAUUGAUUCAGACUAAAAUCAGGAAGCUCCCGACGACAACGACAGCUCUUACCUGCCUAACCAAAGAGGAAAAAAAAAAAUCUUGAACUCAGUGAACCCUGCUGUUAUGCGUAGUGCCUUCUCGUUUUCUCGCCCUACCUUUGAAUUUCUUCUUGCGCCCGACAAGAGAGCACAUGUUCAGAUAGACCUGGUAAUAAUUUUGGGCAAUCAUGCAGAAUCUAUCACCUGUAGUCCUUCUUACAAAUACCUCACUUUGAAUGUGCCUUUAGCUAAUGGGGGGCGACUUUUGCUUUUUUUUUUUUUUUGUUCCCAAACAGUCCCAGGGACUGACAUGGAAAUGACUGAAUUAUAAUAAGCACUUUGGCCUUAAGAUUUUAUACCGAAAUGAGUUUGAAAUUCCUAGUAUUAGUGCAAGCCAGCCCACAACCAUCAGCAUGUGAAGAGUAGCAUUUACCACAGAACAUCUGGCAUGAUAUCAUCCUUGUUCAAGAUCUUUCUCUUUGUGUUGUUUAUGUGUUUUUUUUUUUUGUUGUUUUUUUGUAAGAGUUAUGAGCUGAAACUGCCUUUUGUAAUAGAGUCAAGAGAAAGAAAAAGAAAGAAAGAAAAAGCGGCCCCUCUAGAACGUUAAGGGAUAAUGUCAGUAUAUUUUGGAUACUUUGUGUACAAAAGAGAACAAAACCCAGAGACAAGAUAGUGUUGUAUUUUAUAUAUAUAAUAGAACAUUUCAAUAUAGUGACAUGUCACUAAUAUAUUUAUUUACUAAUAUAUUUAUCCAUUUUUGUCCAGGUUUGAAAAGAUUUCUGUAUAGAGUGAAUGUUUCUGUAUAGAAACUGACCGGUGCCAUCGCAAAUAUAUCAACCUGUCUUCAUUCCAAUUAUAUGCAAAUAAAUUAUUUUGAAAUACAAAACAA